CUCCACGCCGAGGGGAAGAGGUUCUAUCCGGGCCUUUGGCGCUUCUCUUUCCUUUCGCGCCGGUUACCGCUGCGGAGCGCGGCGGGUCCAUGUGCGCAGUGAGCGGCGCUGUUUCUGGCUCAGAAGCACCCGAGCCUUGGGUUUUAGCGAGUCCGCGCUGCGAUGGACCCCAACACUAUUAUAGAGGCCCUGCGGGGCACCAUGGACCCAGCCCUGCGUGAGGCCGCGGAGCGCCAGCUCAAUGAAGCACACAAGUCUAUGAAUUUUGUUUCGACACUGCUUCAGAUUACUAUGUCGGAACAACUGGAUUUACCUGUGAGACAAGCAGGUGUUAUCUAUUUGAAAAAUAUGGUAACGCAGUAUUGGCCUGAUCGGGAGACAGCACCACGGGAUAUAUCUCCUUAUACAAUUCCAGAAGAAGAUCGACAUUGUAUUCGAGAAAAUAUUGUAGAGGCCAUUAUCCAUUCUCCUGAGCUCAUCAGGGUACAGCUUACUACAUGUAUUCAUCAUAUCAUCAAACAUGAUUACCCAAGCCGCUGGACUGCCAUUGUGGACAAAAUUGGCUUUUAUCUUCAGUCUGAUAACAGUGCUUGUUGGCUAGGAAUUCUUCUUUGCCUUUAUCAGCUUGUGAAAAAUUAUGAGUACAAGAAACCAGAGGAACGGAGUCCAUUGGUAGCAGCAAUGCAGCAUUUCCUGCCAGUGCUAAAGGACCGUUUUAUUCAGCUUCUUCCUGAUCAGUCUGAUCAGUCUGUUCUUAUUCAGAAACAAAUUUUCAAGAUCUUCUAUGCUCUUGUUCAGUAUACACUACCACUGGAGCUGAUAAACCAACAGAACCUGACAGAAUGGAUAGAAAUUUUAAAGACAGUUGUGAACAGGGAUGUACCUAAUGAAACACUUCAAGUUGAAGAAGAUGAUAGACCUGAGUUACCAUGGUGGAAAUGUAAGAAGUGGGCUUUACAUAUUUUAGCAAGGCUUUUUGAAAGAUAUGGAAGCCCUGGCAAUGUUUCCAAGGAAUAUAACGAAUUUGCUGAAGUAUUUCUGAAGGCAUUUGCUGUUGGUGUCCAGCAGGUUUUAUUGAAGGUAUUAUAUCAGUACAAGGAGAAGCAAUAUAUGGCUCCUCGAGUUUUACAACAGACAUUAAAUUAUAUUAAUCAAGGAGUUUCUCAUGCACUCACCUGGAAGAACCUGAAGCCUCAUAUACAGGGCAUUAUCCAAGAUGUUAUUUUUCCAUUGAUGUGCUAUACAGAUGCCGAUGAAGAACUUUGGCAAGAAGACCCUUAUGAAUAUAUACGCAUGAAGUUUGAUGUAUUUGAAGAUUUCAUUUCUCCUACAACUGCUGCCCAGACACUUUUGUUUACAGCCUGUAGUAAGAGGAAAGAGGUGCUGCAAAAGACUAUGGGAUUUUGCUACCAGAUUCUUACAGAACCAAAUGCUGAUCCUCGAAAAAAAGAUGGAGCCCUGCAUAUGAUUGGCUCUUUAGCUGAAAUACUUCUGAAGAAAAAGAUUUACAAAGAUCAGAUGGAAUACAUGUUGCAGAAUCAUGUAUUCCCUCUAUUCAGCAGUGAACUAGGCUACAUGAGAGCGAGGGCUUGCUGGGUCCUUCACUAUUUUUGUGAAGUGAAGUUCAAAAGUGACCAGAACCUGCAAACGGCCUUAGAGUUGACAAGAAGAUGUCUAAUUGAUGACAGGGAAAUGCCUGUGAAAGUGGAAGCUGCCAUUGCACUUCAAGUGUUGAUUAGCAAUCAAGAAAAAGCUAAAGAAUAUAUCACACCAUUCAUCAGACCUGUAAUGCAGGCUCUUCUUCAUAUUAUAAGAGAAACAGAAAAUGAUGAUCUUACCAAUGUCAUCCAGAAAAUGAUCUGCGAGUACAGUGAAGAAGUUACUCCUAUUGCAGUAGAAAUGACACAACAUUUGGCAAUGACAUUUAAUCAAGUAAUCCAGACUGGGCCAGAUGAAGAAGGAAGUGAUGAUAAAGCAGUUACUGCUAUGGGAAUUCUGAAUACCAUUGACACACUUCUUAGUGUAGUUGAAGAUCAUAAAGAGAUAACCCAGCAGCUUGAGGGAAUCUGUUUACAGGUCAUUGGAACUGUAUUACAACAGCAUGUCUUAGAAUUUUAUGAGGAGAUCUUCUCUUUAGCACAUAGUUUGACAUGUCAGCAAGUGUCUCCACAGAUGUGGCAGCUUCUACCUCUGGUAUUUGAGGUUUUUCAACAAGAUGGCUUUGAUUACUUUACAGAUAUGAUGCCUCUGCUUCAUAAUUAUGUGACAGUUGACACAGACACACUUUUGUCUGAUACCAAGUAUCUUGAAAUGAUAUACAGUAUGUGCAAAAAGGUUCUUACCGGAGUUGCAGGAGAAGAUGCAGAGUGUCAUGCAGCAAAAUUGUUAGAGGUCAUCAUUCUACAGUGCAAAGGGCGUGGCAUUGAUCAGUGUAUUCCUUUAUUCGUGGAAGCAGCUUUAGAGAGACUGACAAGAGAGGUGAAGACGAGUGAACUUCGAACAAUGUGCCUGCAAGUUGCCAUUGCAGCUUUGUAUUAUAAUCCACACUUACUACUUAACACGUUAGAAAAUCUUCGCUUUCCUAAUAAUGUUGAACCAGUUACAAAUCAUUUUAUUACACAGUGGCUUAAUGACGUUGAUUGUUUCUUGGGGCUACAUGACAGAAAAAUGUGUGUUCUGGGCCUGUGUGCUCUUAUUGAUAUGGAACAAAUACCACAAGUUUUAAAUCAGGUUUCUGGACAGAUUUUGCCAGCUUUUAUCCUUUUAUUUAAUGGAUUAAAAAGAGCAUAUGCCUGCCAUGCAGAACAUGAGAAUGACAGUGAUGACGAUGAUGAAGCUGAUGAUGAUGAAGAAACAGAGGAACUGGGGAGCGAUGAAGAUGACAUUGAUGAAGAUGGUCAAGAAUAUUUGGAAAUUCUGGCUAAGCAAGCAGGUGAAGAUGGAGAUGAUGAUGAUUGGGAAGAAAACGAUGCUGAGGAGACGGCUCUGGAAGGCUAUUCCACAAUCAUUGACGAUGAAGAUAACCCAGUUGAUGAGUAUCAGAUAUUUAAAGCUAUAUUUCAAACUAUACAAAAUCGCAAUCCUGUGUGGUAUCAGGCUCUGACUCAUGGUCUUAAUGAAGAACAAAGAAAACAGUUACAGGAUAUAGCAACUCUGGCCGAUCAAAGAAGAGCAGCCCAUGAAUCCAAAAUGAUUGAGAAGCACGGAGGAUACAAAUUCAGUGCUCCAGUUGUGCCAAGCUCUUUCAAUUUUGGAGGCCCGGCACCAGGGAUGAAUUGAGUGUCACUUUCCUGCUGUGUGAUUGUAGUGAUGAGCUUGUGUUCCUCCUAGUAGCGGUUCCAGAACUGGUUCAUGUUAUUUACUCUAAACUAAUUGAUCAAUAGAUGGACAAAAGAAAAAAACAAAACAAAACCAGGAGGCCAGACCUGAUCAUGCAACUUGGCACUGAAAAAGAAUCCAGAGGGAUUUUGAGUGUGGGGGGGAACUGAAGGGGGGGUGUUUUCUUUAUUUUUUGAAGAAAGUAAGAUUCUGACUGAAAGUUCAGGUGACACUGUGGAAAUAUGAAACAAGAGGGGAUGUCAUGAAGGCAGCUUUUCUUUUUCUGAGGAAAAAAUAGGCAUGGGCUACAGGACUAUUUAAAACGUCUCAUUUACAGUAUAAGCUCAAAGGUAGAUGUAAUUUUAUACCUAUGAGUAUUUGUCUGAUUUCUGUCUCUUCCUCACCAUUGGGUAUCUAUUCUUCACAUGUAAAUAAGGUAAUCAACCACCUUAUUCAGUCGUCAUCUUUUCACUCAUCAAAGAUUGUUUCUAUGUAGAUUGGACAUUUAUUGUAGCACUACAUAACUGAUUUUAAAAAAUCUGUAAAUGAAUUAGCACUUUCAUAUUGAAACAAGCCUGCUAGCCUAUGUAUAAAAUAGCAAAAUGUUUGCUGUUUAUAAAAAGAAGGGAUGUAAUGGGGUGGGGGGCAGGGGUAAUUUCAAGAUAUUAAUUUAAAAAUGUACUAGCAAUUUUGUACCUGGUGACUUUGUGGUGCGCUCACCUUGAUAGUGACUUGAAUUCGGUAUGUUAAAAGGGGUUAAUGAUACUUCAUUGCUGCUAAAAAAUGGCAACUCCCUCUGUGUCCUGUUUUUUCUUAAAGCUCUGGGUGUACAAGUGGAUAUCCGGAUACAAGACCUUACUGUAACAAAUAAGAAAGGUGAUAUCUGAAGCAUGUGAAUUGGAUAUAAAGUUCUACUCUUAAAGAGUUAUCAAGGAGUUGUGGCUAAACAUCAAUAUAUGCAAUCUAUUAAAAGAA